AAAUAACUGUUGCGUCUUUUUCCUUCUCCGCGUAGAACACACGUGAAGUUGUCAGUGAAAAAAAUGGAGGAAGAAUAAGUGCGAUAGAGAAAAGCUGUUGCUGUUACGUCUGAGCUCUUUGGCUGUAGUUAUUGCAGUAACACAUGACAAAAUACACUGAUCCAAGAAGCAUUGAUCACAGAAAACCAAUGCAUGAUCGACGGACUCGUUAGCUUGGACGUUUUUUUGAACCGUUUUACACUGUCAAAUUCUCACUGUACAUUUCAAGGAUCAAUUCGUUCAAUUAAAUUCACAACACUCAAUUUUAGGGUUAUAUCACCAUUGAAUCAAGCUUUUAUUGUUUUCAUCUCAACCCCACGAUACGACGAAAAUCGUUUUUUUUUCGUAUUAUACUUGAACUCGUAAAAGAUAUUCUAAUUCAUAGAAAUCUACAAUAAUGUUUUAUCGUAUAGGUUAUGAUUUUUUUUAACGAAAAAAAGUGUGUCAACGGUUUCAGUGAGUGUGCGAUCAUGAGAAACGAAAAUUCAUCUAUUUUUGAAGUUCACUCAUCAGUGUGGCAAUUCGAAAACCCCCGUGAUGUCUAACCAACGAAGAUGUGUGUAACGAAUAUCGAAUCAAAAUCAAAAUAUACUGUCUAAGAAAUAAUGAACGUACACAAAAAUUAAUGAAAACACUGCAGGAAGGCGAUGGCAGUGUAAAUUUGUCACUUUUCCCUGCCGGAACAUGUGCUUUGUGUUGUCCCAUCGAGUUGGACCGCGAUGUAGAAUAUCAACUUUAUACGAGACGCAACCCCCUGAGGCCGCAAAUUCUGAAGCCCUCGAAUCCCUGGAGUCUGAAAAGAAGCAACUUCGACAAGAACGUACCGACCGUGGUCUACAUUCACGGCUAUGGGGAAAGAGCUCCUGGACGAAGUUCGAUGGCGAUACGAGAUGCGUAUCUGAGACGAGGUCGUUACAACAUAAUCCUGGUUGAUUGGGGCAAAUUGUCGGCAUUGCCGUGGUACAUAACAGCGGUGGGUAACAGUAGAAGCGUGGGACCCCAUGUUGGCAAAAUGGUCAGAUGGCUGGAGUACCACGGAGCAGUACCCAUGUCGAAGCUUCAUGUCAUUGGUUUUAGUCUCGGGGCGGAGGUUGCAGGAUUCAUGGGCAAAUCUUUAGCACCUCGGAAGGUCGCACGUAUCACCGGAUUGGACGCUGCUUAUCCGUUGUACAUGAACACGGGGUCAAAGGGCCACUUGGCAGCGAGUGAUGCGACCUUCGUCGACGUGAUACACACCGACGGUGGGGUUUUUGGAUUUCUGCGACCUCUCGGUCACGCUGAUUUCUAUCCUAAUGGUGGUAGGCCAUUGCAGCCUGGCUGCACUCUCGACACGUUGAUCUCGAUGGGUGUGACGAGACUGUUGAAUCAGUACAUUGUUUGCGGACACAACAGAGCAUGGCGCUUCUACGCCGAGUCCGUUACCAAUCCUCACGGUUUUCCAGCGAGUCGUUGCUGGAAAUGGCCACCGGAUAGUCGAGCCAGCUGCACCUGGUCGCCGGUCGCUCUCAUGGGGCUCUCCACCGAUCCCAGAUUACGGGGAAUUUUUUAUUUGCGCACCAACGCGAGACCACCGUUCUCACGAAACUUUUCCGACUAUCCGAACACUAAAUUAUCCUUCGUUUAUUGAGUGACGUCACCCUUCGAAAAUCGUGUGCGCUUGUGUGGCAACGUGCUCCACUUUGUGUGACAGUUUUUUUAUGGACAAGGCAACGAUCCAAGGAACAAAAUGUCUGUCGAAAGAGGUGACAGAGUCAAGCUGCGAUCGAGCUCAAUUUCAUUUGUCUUGAAAUUUCUACACUUCCAAGAACUCGAAAGCGAUAAACACGAAGAAAAAAUCGCUCUCGAAAGUAACACGAUCAUCAAAAGCAUGACGAAACCACAGUUUUAACACGCCGACUGAAUAAAACGAUCACAGAGACGCUGAGCCUUUACUACCUGCUUCAAUUCGAUGUCGUCUUGCCACGGGAAUGACGAUAAAAGAAAAAAAUCAUCAAAUAUAUCGAUUAUAAAGAUCUGCCUCUCAACGAAAUUAAAUCGAGACCAGGCAGCGAUCACUCAUUGACUAAUCAUUGAAUUCCCAAUCGCGAUUGUGUGUGUCGAUUGUGCGAAAGGUCCAACGAGGCUGACAUUCGAAACUCCAAAAUUCCCGAGUCCAACUCGGCCAAGUUUUCGCUACCUUAACAGAAAAUUCAAUCUCACCUGCUCUAAUUGAACGUCACGUUUCAGUUCUCAAACUUUUCGCACUGCGUUCGUGAAACCCGCUACGUGAAAUGACUCGGAGAGUAUACAACAGUAAUUGAAAAAGAUCCUUAGAGCAGUCUUCCGUUUGAUUACGUGAUUAAACAUUCAUCCGAGCCCCGAGUACACUUGUUUCGAGAUUGCCAGUCAGGAAUAAAGGGAAAGGGGAUGAAAAAGCUGGCGAAAUUGGCAAAGCAAAGCAGGAAUACUUUGAAGUACAGAAUUAAAUGCCCCAUUGAAGUAUAUUUCGUAAAGCACUGUACUAUUCAGAUUUAUCCUGAAAACACAACUUUCUCCCGGACACUUAGCAGUCGGAGGUAUUCUCCCAUCACAGUGGGGAAAAAUAUUUAUUCACCCUCUUUCGCUUUUCAGCAGAAUUAUUUCGCAGCUCACGAAGAAAAUUUCAUUGCGCCCUGCCCGGUCGCUGGGAAUCGAUCGGAAUUUUUUUUCCAUCGCGAUUCUCUUUCGUAAUAUUUGACAAAAUAAUAAUAUGCUGGGACAAGAGUGAAUUUAUUCUCGGAAUAAAAAGAAUUAUUCAAACUUGAUCGAUCAAAAGAAAGUUCGCAUUCGCAGAACUCUUCUGUUUUUAUUA